CCUGUAUGUAAUUUCAGGGUACUACGGUGGAUUACGUGUUUAUAAGGUCGCAGUGUCGCAGGAAAUUUCCAACUAAAGUUUGCGAGCUGUUGAUGCCGAGAUUUUCCCCGUUUGAGACUGAUGUAGAAACAUGCUCGUUUUUCCAGGAAAUGUUCCACGGGAAAUUGGCCCUCAUCGGGGAGUGGACUACUAUGAGAUUUGUGUUUUAUAGCAAGUGCAACCUGACGCAGGAGCAGGGGAAUCAGGUGCAGGUUUUGAUGAAUCCCAUCUUCGGGACUCAAAUGCACUUCUGGCCGACGAAGGACAGUUAUUUUUUGACAGAAGAAUUUUCGAAAGGCAUUAGUGUGUUAAGAGAAUCCGGGCUUAUCUUUUACUGGCAAAAUGUUGAACUGGACUAUAAAAUAAGCGGCACAGGAAUAGAAAAAACCAACGUAAAAUUUAAAACAAUGUCCAUAAAUAAGUUAAUUCUGCCAUUGACUUUGCUAUUUAUGGGAAUCACAGCGGCUUUCUUGGUAUUUCUGAGCGAACUGAGACGCAGAAAAUCGCCGGAACACUAACACAUUUCACCGACCUAUAAGC